AUGUUAACAAGAAAGAUUAAGCUUUGGGACAUUAAUGCCCAUAUAACCUGUCGUCUGUGCAAUGGAUACCUGAUUGAUGCUACUACUGUAACAGAAUGCUUACAUACUUUCUGUAGAAGCUGCCUAGUAAAAUAUUUGGAGGAAAACAACACCUGUCCAACCUGUAGAAUUGUUAUACAUCAGAGCCACCCGUUACAGUAUAUUGGUCAUGACAGAACAAUGCAAGAUAUUGUUUACAAACUUGUGCCAGGCCUCCAAGAAGCGGAAAUGAAAAAGCAAAGAGAGUUUUAUCACAAACUGGGCAUGGAAGUUCCAGGGGACAUCAAAGGGGAGACUUGUUCUGCAAAACAGCACCUAGAUUCCCAUCGAAAUGGUGAAACUAAACCAGAUGAAAAUUCAAACAAAGAAACUUCUGAGGAAAAACAGGAAGAAGAUAAUGACUACCACCGAAGUGACGAACAGGUAAGCAUCUGCUUGGAAUGCAAUAGCAGCAAAUUACGUGGAUUGAAACGGAAAUGGAUUCGCUGCUCAGCACAAGCAACAGUUUUGCAUCUAAAGAAAUUCAUUGCCAAAAAACUUAACCUUUCUUCUUUUAAUGAGCUGGACAUAUUAUGCAAUGAAGAGAUUCUUGGCAAGGACCACACACUCAAGUUUGUAGUUGUUACUAGAUGGAGAUUUAAGAAAGCACCUCUACUGCUACAUUACAGACCCAAAAUGGACUUGCUGUAAGAGAACUUUAUUGUCCUUCUGGACAGAGUUUUUUGCAGAGACUAUCAUCUGGCACCUUCUUAGUGCAUCACUAAUAACAUGACACAAACCAGCCGAAUAAUUCUGGAAGACUGUAGGGCUCUCAUAGCAGACUGUCCUUCUGAGUAUUUCUUCUAGGGAUGUGUUGCCUAGAUUUCUGGAUAGAAAAUAUUUAUACUUUUUUUGUACGGAAGAAAGAAGUCGCAACUCAACAAGACACUACCAGCACUAAGUUUACAGAUACUGAAAACACUUCACAGUUCCAUGUAGCUCAGCCUGAUUUAUCUCUUACAGUUACAAAGAAAUAAGUUAGAGUGUUGUGGGAUGAUUUAAAAAUGUUGCUUUUGACACCAAGUUGCAUUUAGUUACUUUUCACAUUCUGAAACUUUAAAAACUAUAUUUUUGCAAAGUGUUACUGUCUUAUAUAGUAUGCCUGAUUGCAUUGGCUU